AUGUACCGUAUUGGCGUUGACGUUGGUGGCACGAACACCGAUGCAGCCAUCUUGGAUAUCACAGCAUCCGAGAAGCAGUCUCGGGGUGUUUUGGCGUCUAGUAAAACUUCCACCACGCCAGAUGUCACAAGCGGUAUCAAAUCCGUGAUAGAGAAUGUUCUGCAAAAGUCUGCGGUUGACACCAAGGAUAUCCUCAGCGUUGCGAUUGGUACUACGCACUUUGUCAAUGCAGUGGUCGAAGCAGACGCACGGAGGCUCAGCAAAGUUGCCGUGAUCAGAUUAUGCGGGCCAUUCACUCGCCAGAUCCCUCCAUUUACUGAUUUUCCGCCCGCAUUAACAAAGAUCAUGCGUGGCCCUAUAUUCUACUUGGAUGGCGGCCUCGAGAUUGACGGGCGUCAAAUUAAGCCUUUGAACCCGGAGCAAAUCAAGCAAGCCGUAGCUAGCAUCCGUGAAGCGGGUAUUACCAUGGUCGCAAUUGUCGGGGUAUUCUCCCCACUAGAUCAUAGCGGCAUUCAUGAGGAAACGUGCAAGAAAAUGAUGCUCGAACUGGACCCUUCACUUUCUAUUGUCUGUUCGCAUUCAAUUGGCGGCGUCGGUCUUCUGGAACGCGAAAACGCUACGAUAUUGAAUGCUUCCAUUCUCAACCUAGCCAAAAAGACAGUCCGUGCCUUUUGCAAAGCUAUGUCUGAUCUUCACCUCUCAUGUGAGCUGUAUCUUACGCAAAACGAUGGCACAUUAACCGAUGCGGUGACUGCGUCUGAAUUCCCUAUCAAGACCUUUGCCAGUGGUCCUACCAAUAGUAUGACCGGCGCAGCUUUCUUGGCUGGACUCGAUAGGCAAGAGACUAAGACAUCUAAUGAGCGUCAAGUCCUCGUCAUUGAUGUUGGAGGCACCACCUCCGAUGUUUGCGCACUGCUUCCAUCAGGAUUUCCCCGCCAAGCAUCGAACUUUGUUGAAGUUGGUGGAGUAAGGACAGCAUUCUCGAUGCCAGAAGUACUGUCUGUUGGGCUCGGUGGAGGCAGCAUCAUUCGGCAUGACAAGAAUACAGGCCAUGUGAGUGUUGGACCGGAUUCGGUGGGCCACUAUCUUACAAGCAAAGCACUGGUAUUCGGAGGCGAUGUCAUGACAACAACCGACAUUGUGGUUGCAACAGGGUCCCACAGCAUUGGCGAUUCGUCUAAAGCUGCGACAAUCCCCAAAGCAAUUGUGGACGAAGCCCGAAAAGGCAUCAAGAAAAUCUUGGAGCGUGCAGUUGAUGGCAUGAAGGUGUCUGCGCUUCCUGUUACUGUCCUCCUCGUUGGCGGCGGCUCAAUCAUCUACAUGGAUACACUUGAGGGGGUUGAGGAGUGCAUUAUCCCCCCUCAUCACGACUCCGCAAAUGCAGUUGGCGCUGCGAUCGCAAAAGUUGCAGGAACCGUUGAUUUAAUUGAAAUCUUGGCGGAUCGCAGUGAGAAGGAGGUGGUGAAGAAGGCCGAACAGGCCGCAAUAGAUGCGGCGGUUGCACGAGGUGCUGACCGGAGCGACGUUAAGAUUGCUGAAGUCGAGAAACUUCCUCUUCAAUAUGUGUCAAACAAGGCUACAAGAAUUUUGGUUAAGGCGGUUGGAAAACUUAGGAUUCCAGACCCAACGGCAGUAAAUAAGGGUAACUUGAACCUUUUUGCAAACGAAGACAUUGAAGUCAGCGAGGAACAACCGAAAGCCGCAGCCGCGGAAGAUACAGCCGUCUCUGCGGUGAAGCAUUCCAUACAUAUUGAUAUCCCAUCCUAUAAACCCGAUGUUCGGAACGGUGUUUGGUAUGUCAGUCCUGUUGACCUCGAGUUCAUUGCGUCUGGAACCGGCGUGUUGGGCACAGGCGGUGGUGGCCCUUCUUAUCUUCAAUAUCUUGUUGCGCUUGAGACGCUGAAAGGAAGUCCCCCUGGCAAGAUGCGCGUGAUCUCACCCAAGAAGUUAGCCGACUCCGAUGUAUGUGUUUUUGCAUCUUGGUAUGGAGCUCCAAGCGUAUCUGGGGAGCGUAUCCCUGCCGGAUCAGAGUUACCGAAAGCCGUUGAGAUGUCUGUCAAAGUGUCGGGUCACACACAUUUCGAGGCUAUCAUCGCAGACGAAAUUGGCGGUGGGAAUGGCAUGACGCCCUUCCCGACUGGAGUGCAUUAUGAUAUCCCAGUGCUCGAUGGUGAUUUGAUGGGGCGUGCUUAUCCCACCAUGGAACACGGAACUCCUUAUGUGUAUGGCAACAGUAUCACCCCAUGCAUAUUGGCUGACGCGCAAGGAAACGUCUCUGUCAUUAUGGAUGCCGUCAGCAAUGCUAAGGUUGAGAAUAUGCUGCGAGCUGUCUGCAUCGAAUUGGGUCUCAACACUGCCGUUGCUGCAACCCCACUGCCUGGCCCUGCAAUCAAGAAAUACGCAGUGCCAAACACGGUCUCUCAAGCAUGGUACUUGGGCAGAGCGGUUCAUAUGGCUCGCCGUUCAAAGUCGAGUGUGACCAAGGCAAUCUUUGAUACGACGCCCGGAAAGCUGCUUUACGUUGGAAAAAUCAUUGAUGUUCGCCGAGACGUCAGCCGCGGGUAUACCAUGGGCCACUGCGUCAUCGCGCCGCUCUCCAGGGAUGAAAUAGAACAGCAACCUUCGAACGAUGCCGCAAACUCACCGUCAGUGGCCGACGACCGGGAAAUCAUUUUACCGUUCCAGAAUGAAUUCCUAUACGCUGCCUACGUGAAUGAUCCAGAGAACCCUGAAGACCUAGCCAAACAGGAGGUCAUCUGCACAGUUCCAGAUUUGAUUUCAGUCCUCGGCCAAGAUGGAGAAGCGAUUGGAUCACAAGAGUUGCGGUAUGGGCUGAAGGUUAGCGUGAUUGCUAUGCCUGCGCAUCCGCUAUGGACUAGUGAUGAGCGUGGGCUCCGUGUUGGAGGACCUGCGGGCUUUGGCUUGGACAUGGAAUGGAAGACUGUCGGGCAAUAUGAGGAGCCGCGGAGUGUGAUUGACGAUUAUAAUGUUGAUGUCUAA